GGUUAUCUGCCAGAUGUGUGGGGAUUGGUUGUUCCAGUAAGAUUUUACGUGUUGAGGAGAGCUUUAAAAGCUUCUUCCAACAGUGCAGGAGAUACUCAAAGAUUAAGGAUUUCCACUCAGAUCUCGACAACCAUAACAUCUCCUGCACCCUUACAGCUAUCUGUUGCUGUUGUCUGCUGUCCAGCAGUCGGAAUGAAGAUUCCUGCUCUGUUCUCCGCAGCCCUGCUGCUGCUGCUGCUUCCUGAGGUUCCAGCUGCAAGCUCUGGUCAAACUCCGAUUAGCAUCCUGGUGACAAACUCUGUAACAAACUCUCCCAAUCAGACCUACAGCACUCAUGUGGUCUACAGAGGAAUCUUACUGGGUGGAAUGAGGAGACUGCAGGAGUCCAACACAGGCUUUAUGUUCACUUACACAGAGGAUCCAAACUAUGGCCCGUACCUGCAGAGUGUGAACGGUUUGGCUGGAUGUACAGAGCAACGUACCUACUGGGAGCUGCUGGUCAAGAAAAAAAACAACCAAGUUAUAAGACCUGAUGUUGGUAUUGGAUGUUACAUUCCGAGUGCAAAUGAUCAGAUCAUUCUGAACUUUAACAAGUACUAAAGGAUCAGCAGCCACUGGACAUCAAGAUAAAAUUGAUUUGUGUUUGUUGUUCAGUGAGAAGUAGCAUCUGAAUACAUGGCCCCAUCCGUCAAUUGGAGAGUUUGCAUUACUUUGUCUUGAGUUUUUCACGAUUGUGUCAUGGGACUCUACCUUCAUCUGAAAUUUCCUGCUUGGUAAACUGAAACUUCCCUAUGAAGAUUUCUUCAUACUUUGGCAGCUGAAUUAUAUACUACUGUUAUCCACUUGAACAUGCUUUGUGUGAGUCCUCCAGAAAAAAAGGUCUAAACUGGGCUAAUCAAGUCUUCCACUGGAUCUCUAUAUAUACCACACUUGUCACUGUUUAAAGCUGCAGUAGGUAACUUUUAGUCAUAUUUGCUGAAACUUUCACUAUAUCCUGACAUUAGUACACGAGACAGAUAAUCUAAAAAAAAAAAAAAAAAAAAAAAAAAAAAGUUCCUCUGGCUCCUCCUAGUGCUCCUAAUGACAUUAAUAAUAAUCCACCGGGCCUGAAUGAAAACAACCAAUCAGAGCCAAGAAAGAUAUAAAUACACUUUGGGUUGGAGACUUGAAUAUAGUUCAUUGUUGAGUCUCAUUCCCAGCAUCAGUAUGUGAUGUCCUGGGAAUAAAAUUAGACAAUCAACUAUAUUUAUUCCUCUAGUGGAGAUCACCAUCAAACUAUCAAAUAUUGUACAAUUAGCUACACAAAAAAGAUUAGGUAAUUGUGGCCACAACCACACUGUAAUAAGUGCAACAUCAUGUAGGUUUAAUAUAAUUAAAAUAUUUGUGAUCUAGUUUGUUUUAUCCUAAAAAUGAUCAAUAUAUUUGUCCUCUAAAUUAAAUUCAUCAAACCUAUUUAUAGGUUGCUAAAAGUAUUUAUUCAGUUUAUGCACUAUUAUCAUCUCACCACUUCCAGCAGGAGCUUCACGUCACCGUUUCAUCAGCUGGUUCUCAGUAAAGCCUGUCUUUGAUAAUCACAACCAACCGAGUUUGUGUUCUGCUUGUGGGUUCCUCCGUUUAUCAUAACAGCUUCCUUUUCUAGUUUCUUAUGUUAUAUUGUAUCUACUUUUGACAUUUGUUAUCUAUUUUUUCAACUUUAUUAAAGCACCUUUUAACA